CAAAACGACCGGCCUAAAAUCUUUGAUUUUGUAUUUAUCCCCCGACAUCGUCGGCGCAGGAUGCUCUCUAUUUAAACAGUUCUUAGCAGCGCUAUAACCUAUAAACUCGCUCGACAUUGCAGCAGCCAAACGGGCGGCCGAGGUUCAUUCGGGCGGGUCGGCGUGUUUCCGGUUCCGGGUAUCUGAGAUUCGCCGUUUUUUUACAUCAGCGGCGCCGGAGGCGUCGGCGGUGGCAGAAGAAGAGGAGGAAACAGGGCGGAGAUGGGUAUCAGAGAUGAAGCCGGGACGCGUGGUUCUGGGAACGCCGGUGACGAGGGAGAUGUCUCUGUUGAAAUUCCAGAGACUGCUCACCAAGUCAGCAACGAUUCAUGGUUUCAAGUUGGAGUUGUUCUCAGUACUGGAAUCAACAGCGCAUAUGCUCUAGGAUAUUCGGGAACCAUCAUGGUGCCACUAGGUUGGGUAGGCGGUGUGGUUGGCUUGAUCCUAUCCACUGCUAUAUCGUUAUAUGCCAGCACGCUUAUAGCUAAGCUCCAUGAACUUGGAGGAAAAAGGCAUAUUAGAUACAGAGACCUUGCCGGAUUUAUAUAUGGUCCAAAUGCUUAUUCACUAAUUUGGGCAUUGCAGUAUGCAAAUCUAUUCUUGAUUAAUAUUGGAUAUGUCAUUCUUGGUGGCCAGGCCUUAAAGGCCUUUUAUGUUCUCUUUCGAGAUGACCAUGCGAUGAAGCUGCCUUACUUCAUCAUAAUAGCUGGGGUGGCAUGUCUCCUCUUUGCCAUUGCGAUCCCUCAUUUGUCAGCACUAAGGAUCUGGCUUGGGGUUUCGGCAUUCCUUAGUUUGGUCUACCUUCUUGCCACAUUUGUCUUGUCACUCAAAGAUGGUAUAAAUGCUCCUCCGAGAGACUAUGACAUCCCGGGAACGAAAACAGGCAGAAUAUUUACAACUAUCGGUGCAGCUGGUAACCUCGUGUUUGCGUUUAACACAGGAAUGAUUCCAGAGAUACAGGCAACCGUGAAAGAACCGGCAGUGAAGAACAUGAUGAAAGCACUCUACUUUCAGUUCACCGUGGGAGUGAUCCCGAUGCUUGCUGUCACCUUCAUGGGCUAUUGGGCCUACGGGUCGGGCUCGUCUGCGUAUCUGCUCAACAACGUCAAUGGCCCAGUUUGGUUGAAGGCAUUUGCCAACAUGUGUGCUUUCUUACAAGCUAUCAUUUCCUUGCAUAUAUUUGCAAGCCCGACGUACGAGUUCUUGGACACGCGAUACGGGAUCAAAGGGAGCGCCUUCAUCCCCCGAAACCUCGGGUUCCGGACACUGGUCCGAGGGGGCUAUUUAGUCCUCACCACAUUCCUCGCGGCCUUGUUGCCGUUCCUCGGGGACUUCAUGAGCCUAACGGGGGCCACGAGCGUGUUCCCGCUCACGUUCAUACUCGCGAACCACAUGUACAUGGUUGCCAAAGGCAGCGCUCUCUCCACCUUGCACAAGAGCUGGCAUUGGCUCAAUGUCGUCUUCUUUGGCUGUUUGUCUGUCGCCGCUUUUGUUGCCGCGCUCAGGUUGAUUGUCGUCGACUCUAGUACGUACCAUGUCUUCGCAGAUAUGUAGGGUGUUGUUUUGAUAUAAUCAAAGAAAAAUUCAUGUCAAUAUUCCCAGAAAUAUGAGAUUUUACACGAAUACUCUGAAAUUAAUAACUAUCACUAAUGCAUCAGAAAUUCAAUAUUUUUACAAAAAAAUCCAAGAAAUGUGGAAUAUUAUUGGGAAAAUAUUGAAUUUUUAUGGGCUUUAGUGAUGUUUAUGCAAUCUAGAAGUGUUUGUGUAAAAUCAUAGAUUGUGGCAGUAUUGACAUUAUUUCCCCCAAAAAAACAUUGUUGGCACCCAACGUCUACCUCCUUUGCCGUUAACGUCGUUUUUUUGUACGUACGAACACGAGGCGAAUGUUGUGUUUGUGCAUGUUCGUGUGCAGAAAUGAGGUUAGGGGCAAAGUUGGGAACAAUGUAUCAUAUUUUUGUGGGGGCUAAUUUCAUUUCACAUUGUCUAUUGGAAUGUAUAUAGUUUUUAAUAAACGGUAGAAGGGUGACACAAAAAAGUAUUUCAAGGACUUGGUGAUAUAAUAUUUCAAGGACUUGGUGAUGGA